AUGUCAUACUUAAUCACCCAUUUGAAAAAUGGMUGGCAAGUCGACCAAGCCAUCACAUCCGAGGACGAUCGUGUUGUGGUAAUACGUUUCGGCCACGAUUGGGAUCCCACAUGUAUGAAAAUGGACGAAGUUCUGUAUUCUGUAGCUGAUCGAUGCAAAAACUAUGCUACAAUCUAUGUUGUGGAUAUAACGGAAGUUCCUGACUUCAAUAAGAUGUACGAAUUGUAUGAUCCAUGUACCGUGAUGUUCUUUUAUCGAAACAAGCACAUCAUGAUMGAUUUGGGCACUGGUAACAACAACAAAAUCAACUGGCCUUUGGAUGAUAAACAAGAAAUGAUUGACAUCAUUGAGACAGURUACCGUGGCGCCAGAAAGGGACGUGGUCUUGUCGUUUCGCCCAAGGAUUAUUCAACAAAAUAUAGAUACUAA